AUGUCAUCUAGACAAUUUAGCCAAGAUAAAAAAAGCCAUCGUGGAGGUGGCCGUGGAGGUCGUGGAGGUCGUGGAAGAGGUGAUGGCGGCGGCGAUGAAAGACAUGAUAUAAAACUUUCGAAAUCUUUAUCGUAUGUUUUACGACAUGGAGCAACGAAAGAAGGCUUAAAUAUUCGUGAUGAUGGGUAUAUCAAAUUAGAGGAAUUGUUUAAAUUACCAAGAUUUAAAGGAAGAACUUUUGAAGAAAUUAAAAAAUUAGUAAAAGAAAAUGAUAAGCAAAGAUUUACUUUGAAACAAGAGACAUCAGAUGAUAAUAUAACUGAAUGGUGGAUAAGAGCUAACCAAGGACAUACUUUAGAGGUAAAUGAUUUAGAAUUAGAAAAAAUAACAGAUUCCACACAAUAUCUAAAUGUUGUACAUGGAACAUAUUUAAAAAAUUGGAAAGAUAUAGAAUCACAAGGUCUUUCCAAGAUGAAACGUGCUCAUAUUCAUUUUGCAACUGGACUUUAUGGUGAUAAAGAUGUUAAAAGCGGAAUGAGACACAAUUGUGAUUUAUUUAUAUAUAUUGAUAUGAGUAAGGCCAUUGAAGAUAAUAUUGAAUUUUAUAAAUCCUCCAACGGAGUAAUAUUAACAGCAGGAAAUGAUGGAAUUUUACCACCAAAAUAUUUUCUUAAAGUUGUUGAUAAACAUGAAAAAAUAUUAUUUCAGAAUUAA